CUCGCUCUCACUUCAUUGCCAUUAGAAGCUAGCUUAGCUUAGCUCGCCAUCGAUCGAGCUGACCCAUUCCUCCAUCGAUCCGUUCAUCAGCUGCUAGCUAGCUCGCUCGCUAGCGACCGGCCGGUCAGAGAUCAGGGAGUGAGUAGGGAGAAGAGCACGCAUCUCUCCGGCGGCGAUGGUGAACACGGCGGCGAAGGGCGGCAGGGGAAGCAGCAGCGGGCUGCCGCUGGCGUCGCUGAACCACAUCAGCAUCGUGUGCAGGUCGGUGCAGGAGUCGCUGCAGUUCUACGCCGACGUGCUCGGCUUCGUCCCCGUCCGCCGCCCCGGCUCCUUCGACUUCGACGGCGCAUGGUUGUUUAACUACGGGAUCGGCAUCCACCUGCUGCAGGCGGAGGACCCCGACAGCUUGCCGGGGAAAACAGAGAUCAACCCUAAGGAUAACCACAUCUCUUUCCAGUGCGAGAGCAUGGCGGCAGUGGAGCGGCGGCUGAAGGAGCUGGGCAUCCCGCACGUGCAGCGCUGUGUGGAGGAGGGCGGCAUCUACGUGGACCAGAUCUUCUUCCACGACCCCGACGGCUUCAUGAUCGAGAUCUGCAACUGCGACAACCUCCCCGUCGUCCCCCUCGCCACCGACCAGCCGUUCCUCAUGGCCGCCUGCAAGAGGGCCGCCGCCGCUGCCGUCAAGCAUCAGCAGCAGCAGGCGGCGUCGUCUUCUCCGGCGACGGCGCCGGCGCAGUGCGUGCCGUCCUCGACGAAGGCGAUCCACGUCAGCGAGGAGGCACACAUCUCAUGUGCGUGAACCAGGAGAGAUCUGUGUGUGUGGCCGCCAUGCAAUUAGGGAUGCUAGGUGGGCCCGCGCACUGACUCACAUGUAGGUCAUUUAGUAUGCGAGUUAGUUUAAAGAGAUUUGCUUCUAUCUGACAAAAAGUAUCUUGAGAUAUCGGUAUUUCGCGGUACCAAAAUAUUUCUGAUCGUUACAUCCUACUUAGCUAGAUUUAAUGAUAAAAAAUGAUUUAUCUUGAGGUACCGGUAUCUCGAGAUACUUUUUAUUAGAACAGAGCAAAUCUCUUACUUAAAAUGAUCUAUGUAUGGGCAAAAUUGGUGGUCCUCCUUCGUCUCUAUAAUCAGACGUGUAUAAGUGAUCGAGCUGGUUUGGCGUUUGUAUAUGAGUCCACCGUGUUGGCUAAUGCAAUUCCCUUUAAUAUAAAGAAUAAAUUAAGUCCAAAAGGAUCUUAUAUGGUCUAA